CAGCGCUGGCUCUGCCACAACGCCUCACUGCCAGACAAAGGAAGGAGUCCAGGAAACACACACACACACACACACACACACACACACAUAGUUCAAAGCAGCCGCGUCCAGGAGCAUCUCCUGCAGCCUGAGCCGAGCGCUGGAUGUUCGGACCUGAUGUGUCUUCACAUGGAGGCAUCUGGAGUGCUUUGUGUGCCAGGAUUAAUUUACUAACCUGUGGCAGCGUCGGAGCAGAGACUUCAGCAGUGGGAAAAUCUCCGCUGUGCUUUUUCAAAAGCAAACACUCUGCGGUUAGUGGUUGUGUAGCUGCUGCUUUUAGAAUGACUGCUGUCAACAGUUUGGACUGUGUGUGAGAGCCAGCCAGAGUUUCAGUUUGUGUGCGUGGAUGUGUGUGUGUCAGGAUGAGUGUUCCCAUGUUGAAGAUUGGCGCGGUGCUCAGCACGAUGGCUAUGGUAACUAACUGGAUGUCCCAGACCCUGCCGUCGCUGGUCGGACUCAAUGGAACCAUCAUCUCCUCUGAGGGCACACAUGAGAGGAUUGUCAGUGGUUUGUACCCGGGCUCAGAGGAAGGCUGGCAGGUGUACAGCACAGCCUCAGAUCCUGACGGCAGGUGUGUUUGCACGGUGGUCGCUCCGGCACGAAACCUCUGCAAACGAGACCCUCGGAGUCGACAGCUACGUCUGCUGACUGAACAGGUUCAGAAUGUGAGCCAGUCCAUGGAGGUGGUCGACCUGCGGACAUCCAGAGACCUGCAGUAUGUCCGGGACUCUGAGCCACUACUGAGAGGAGUGGACGGACGUUUACACACUUAUGUGGCCAAUCCCCGCACUCUGACAGCUAAAGGCCUGCAGGAGUUAAAGGGCCAGAUGUCUCAGCUGCGGCCCCUCUUGUCAGUAGUGGAGCAGUACAGACUGGACCUACAGACUCUGGCCACCUUGCGAAUGGAGCUGCUCAACCUGUCAAUCAUCCUGACAGCCAUUCAGGAAGAGAUUGGAGCGUACGAUUACGAGGAGCUUCAGCAGAGGGUGUUGCUGCUGGAGACCAGGCUGCACAGCUGCAUGAACAAACUGGGUUGUGGUCGUCUGACUGCAGUUAGCAACCCAAUCACCGUGAGAGCCUCGGGGUCCCGUUUUGGCUCCUGGAUGACGGACGCCAUGAUUCCCAGCUCCGACAGCAGGGUGUGGUCAAUGGACGGCUACUAUAAAGGCAGGCGGGUGCUGGAGUACAGGACCAUGGGGGACUUCACAAAAGGCCAGAACUUUGUGCAGCACCUGCUACCCCACCCCUGGGCAGGAACCGGCCACGUGGUCUACAACGGCUCGCUGUAUUACAACAAGCACCAGAGCAACAUCUUGGUUCAGUACCAUUUUCGCUCUCGCAGUGUGCUGCUGCAGCGCAGUCUGAGCGGAGCAGGAUACAACAACACCUUCCCCUACAGCUGGGGAGGAUCCUCUGACAUCGACCUCAUGGCCGACGAGACGGGACUCUGGGCCGUCUACACCUCCAUCCCAAAUGCUGGAAACAUAAUGGUGAGCCGUCUGGACCCUCGUUCACUGGAAAUCCUGCAGAGCUGGGACACAGGCUUUCCUAAGCGCAGUGCAGGAGAGGCCUUCAUGAUUUGCGGCACCCUGUACGUCACCAACUCCCACCUGGCCGGGGCCAAGGUCCACUUCGCCUACCACACCAACUCCUCCACGUACGAGUACACUGACAUCCCCUUCCACAACCAGUACUCCCACAUCAGCAUGAUGGACUACAACCCCAGAGAGAGAGCGCUGUACACUUGGAACAACGGCCACCAGGUCCUCUACAACAUCACACUGUUUCACGUCAUCCAGAGUGACGGAUAAAUGGACGCGUAGGAAAAGGUAAAAAAAAUACAAACAUAGUAGAAACGAAGAAGAUGGGUGUUUAAGAGACACGGCAACUUACAACACAUGUACACAUGCAAACACACACACAAUGGCCAUUCACGUCAACAAGAAAAUGAGUCCUGUCUGUGUUUGAAUUGGAAUGACUUUUAGAAUGCAGGAGCUCACUGAGCUAAUAACUAGACACAAUACACGGUUGUCGAACACCAGUCUAAAGGUCACCGACAAGAGUAUUCAUCACGGCCGAGACGAAAAUUAACUGCCACAGUGGCGCUGAUAGAGAGAAGGAAGUCAGACAUUUUGAGCUCAUCCAUAUUCCGUUACGUUUCAUUCCACUCGUAUAUCAAGAAGUGACUUUGGAAGCUGAGGUCGAGUUGUCAAAAAAAUAGAAAAAACAUGGCUUGUGAACUGAAUUUCACCUCGCGUCAAACUUUGAGCUACGACGACGACGACCCCGGCGGAGGUGUUUUGGGUUUGUGAUGUGAUCGUGGACGUCUUCAGUCAGCAUGGUUGUUCAUUCAAUAAACUUGAUUGUCAAACUUUG